UUAAGUUUUUAAUAAAUAAGCAAUUCGAUCUUCCAUCGUCGAGAGCGAGCGGCAGCGGCCGGAUCGGAGAACCCCCGGAUCGAUCCUCCCAUCGCAAGGCUCCCCAUGCCGACUCCGGCGAGAGGCCUCCUCCUCCUCCUUGCCUUGGUCCUCGCCCACGCUCUUUGCGCGCUCGGAGGGAAGAAUUAUUACGACGUGUUGCAGGUGCCGAAGGGUGCUUCGGAGGAGCAGAUCAAAAGGGCCUACAGGAAGCUCGCUUUGAAGUAUCAUCCGGACAAGAACCAGGGAAAUGAAGAGGCCAACAUGAAAUUUGCGGAGAUCAAUAAUGCUUAUGAAGUGCUCUCUGAUGAUGAGAAAAGGAAAAUCUAUGAUCGGUAUGGUGAAGAGGGACUGAAGCAGCAUGCUGCUGGGGGUGGAAGAGGCCAAGGAAUGAAUAUUCAAGACAUUUUUAGCAGCUUCUUUGGGGGUGGUCCAAGAGAAGAGGAGGAAGAGGCAAUACCAAAAGGUGAUGAUGUUGUUGUUGAAUUGGAUGCCACUUUGGAAGAUUUAUACAUGGGAGGCACACUAAAGAUUUGGAGAGAGAAGAAUGUCAUCAAGUCAGCUCCUGGAAAGAGGCGCUGUAACUGCAAGAAUGAAGUCUAUCAUAAGCAAAUUGCUCCUGGAAUGUUCCAACAAAUGACUGAGUUGGUAUGUGAAGAAUGUCCCAAUGUGAAAUUUGUGCGAGAAGGCUUUUUUUUGACGGUGGAUAUUGAGAAGGGAAUGCAGGAUGGUCAAGAGGUGAUGUUUUACGAGGAUGGAGAACCCAAAAUUGAUGGUGAAGCUGGUGAUUUGAAGUUCAGAAUUCGAACAGCACCUCACGAUCGCUUCAAAAGAGAAGGAAAUGACUUGCAUAUGACAGUGACUAUUAAAUUGCUUGAAGCUCUUGUUGGUUUCGAGAAAGCCAUCCAACAUCUUGAUGGACAUCCGGUUGAAAUAGGUAGCAAGGGUAUCACUAAGCCUAAAGAGAUCAGAAAGUUCAAAGGGGAAGGAAUGCCUCUCCACCUGAACACCAAGAAAGGAGAUUUGUACGUCACUUACGAAGUUCUAUUCCCCAAGUCGCUAACCGAAGACCAGAAGACAAAGAUCAAGGCAGCGCUUUCAUAAAAACAAGGCCUCUUCUAUUGCACCACCACAGAGCUUGCCCCUCCUGAAGUGCAAACACUCAAAAAAAAAAAAAAAGUAAGUCUACAAAGAACUGAAAGAUUUAUUAUCCUUCUUUUUCUAGCCAUCAAAAUUUUUCAGGCAUGAGACUUAGGUUUAGAACAUUGAAUCAAACUGAGUCAUAGCCUUUUAUGUUCUCCAAAUUAUGUAUGUUUUGAGAAAUGUAUUAUCUAAUACAUUAUUUAGACAUGCUCAUGUAAUCAUCCUUUGUAUUUGAAGUUUUUUAGACUAAAAUUAAAAUUUUAAGUUAAAGUU